GGUCCGAUCCGAGUUAUCAUGAAAGUAGAACGAGCCAAGAAAUACGACGAUCUCAAUUCCGCAAAUGGAGGAUACACUGCUGAAGAAUUCUCUGUCGAGAGAAUCUACGAAGAGAACGCCAAUGCUCCUCAUUCGUGGCAGAAUCAGCUCACGUUCAGAGCGAUGAUCAUGAAAUGGACUUGCUUGAUGUUGUGGCAAGAUUCGCAGCACAGAGUCACACUAAACACUGUGCUUAAGAAACAUUAUGAACUGAGGCCUACGGCUCUUACGGUGGAUGACAAGCUGAAGGUCCUUGGAUGCAAAGAUCUUGAGAGGAGAAUUGUUGAAACUGAAAUGAAGUUGGCACAGGCGAAGAGUCAAGGCUAUCUUAAAAACCAGAAAAGUCUUUCUUCUUCUUCAGGGAAGAAGAAGAUGUUUGCUGUUAUUGGAGUUUACACAUGCUUUGGGAGUCACUUGAAACGCAAUAGAAUUAGAGGUUCUUGGAUGCCCCAAGAUGAUGCUUUGAAAAAGCUUGAAGAAAGAGGAGUUGUCAUACCCUUUGUGAUUGGUCGGAGGUGGUUGUUGCUGUGGAUUUCAAAGACCAAGCCACAGGACAGCAAACAAUGCAGCAGAAUCUUCAAAACAUCAGCCUAUAAACGGGCACUCCCAUGGAAUCUCACUGCAGCCUCGGUCCUCACUCCUUUCGCGUUCUCCAAGCUCCAGGAACAGCCUGUACUUGCAGCUCACUACGCUUCGUUCCAGAUGGAGGACGGGUAUCUCGUGAGGCACCACACAAAACUCGAUGGAGGAAGAAAAGUGUACUGA